UCGUGGGGCUGGACGCUGUCCCCUUCGGCAGAACUUUCUGGAGACGCACACUCGGCUGUCAGCGCGGCUUCUGGAUCUAAUCCUUCUGCCUCGGAACCGAUGUGUUUUGUUCCCGGUUUUUUUUUUUUUUUUUUUUUUAUUUUAGAUUUGUAUUCUGUAACUAUUUUACACAGAAAGAAGGCCCAGAUUAUCAGUACCAACAUUUACAAAUAAACCAAACACCAGAGCGCUCUCAGUUUAAAUUUUAAAUAGGAAAAAUAAUUAAAACUGAUGAAAUAGGGGUAUUAGAAUUCACUUUACAAAUAGAGGGUUUUCAGGGUUUAUAGAGAAUCUUAGUCUUCAAGGUCUCAGGGCGACUCCUUUGGGAAACAAACCCUAGAUUUGUCUGUAACCUAUAGUGUUUUUUACCCCUUGUUGCAAAAUUUUUUCACUUAUUUUUGAAUUUAUGAGUUACAUGUUUUUGCCCCUAAGAAUCAGCUGAUGAAUCAAGAACAAAGGUCAAGAAAUGCCUCAUUCCACAAACAAAGAACUGUUCCUUGCCAUCAUGGUGGGAACUGCUGGUAUCAGCUUGCUGGUUUUAUGGUAUCAAAAGGUCCGUAAACCAAGGACAGCAGUGAAUUUACGAACAUUGUUUUCUCUGGAUAAUACGUUUGAUUCAACACCUUUGCAAGAUAAAACACACAAUGGCCAAGAAACAGCAGCAAUCUUUCAGAAAAGGCAGCUUCAGAUACUGGACAAGUUAAAUGAUUUGCUGAAAAAUAUGGAAGAACUCAAAGAGGAAAUCAAAUUUCUUAAAGAAGCUAUUCCAAAGUUAGAGGAAUAUAUACAAGAUGAACUUGGAGGGAAGAUAACAGUUCAUAGGAUAAGUCCUCAGCACAGAGCUAGAAAAAGAAGGGUGACUGCGAUUCAGAGUUCAGCAACAAGUAAUAAUAGUUCAGAGGAAGCAGAAAGUGAAGGAGGGUAUAUUACAGCUAAUACUGACACAGAAGAACAGAGUUUUUCAGUGCCUAAGGCAUUUAACGCACAUAUAGAGGAAUUAAAGUUAGACAUACUUCUUCAGAAGGCAGAUCAUUUACGCAUGACUCAGUCUGGCAAAAUGGAGAGUUUUGAACUACUGUGUGAGCACAAAGAAAAGUUUAAGGAUGAAAUUGAAUUUAUAUGGCGGUUUGCUCGAGCUUACGGAGACAUGUUUGAGCUGUCUACAGAUACACGGGAGAAGAAACACUAUGCUAAUAUCGGAAAAACGUUAGGUGAAAAAGCUAUUACUAGAGCACCUAUGAAUGGCCACUGUCAUAUGUGGUAUGCAAUUUUGUGUGGCUGUGUAUCUCAAUUUGAGGGCUUACAAAACAAAAUCAAUUAUGGAUAUCGCUUCAAGGAACAUCUAGAUAUAGCAAUCCAACUUUUACCUGAAGAACCCUUUUUGUAUUACCUCAAUGGAAGAUACUGUUAUACUGUCUCAAAACUUAGCUGGAUUGAGAAAAAAAUGGCUUCUACUCUGUUUGGAAAAAUACCAUCUUCAACGAUACAAGAAGCUCUUCGUAACUUCCUUAAGGUUGAAGAAAUACAUCCUGGUUAUUCUAUACUCAAUUGCAUGUACUUGGCCAAGUGUUAUGCAGAUCUUGAGGAAAAUCAGAAUGCUUGGAAGUUCUGUAAUUUGGCAUUAUUACUUCCCACUGUUACCAAAGAGGAAAAAGAGGCAGAGACAGAGGUGAAAGCAAUAAUCAAGUCCUUGAAGAGUCACCUCAAGAUGAGCAACUUUGCCCCACCAUCUGCUGCCGUGUGCUCCCUCACCACAAGCCCAAGAACAGCAGGCCAACCCACUAUGAACGGAAAUCACCAAGACUGUGAGCCAAAAUACGUCCUUCCUCCUUCAGAUUGAUUUUCUUGGGUAUUUUGUUCCCAGUGAAUGCCAAGUAACACGGGCACUGAUUUAAAACUGAGUUCUGGUAAAGGUGGAGAUCUCAUCAGUGCCCCACAGAAAACCAACAAAACUCACUCCACUUUUCUUCACUCUUGCUUCUAUAUGCACAAGAUCAUUCAGGAACAAACCUGGUGUACCUGAUGUUCAAUAAAUGAGAAUUAGAUU